AUUUUAUGAAGAGCUCUGUGUAUCCAAGCUCUGGAACACACUUCUGGAGUCAUAUUCGGAUCAAAGAUGAAUCUAUGAACUUGACAUGCAACAUCUGGGUAUUGUGAUAAAGGGCCAUAACAACACGAUGUGUAAAAAUAAAAACUUUUUCAGAACGUUGCGUUUCCUAGAUCCACCACACCCCUGUAGACGUUAGAUCCCCUAUUAACAAAAAACUACCACAUAAUGGCUACAUCACAGUCGCAGCAGCAACAGCAGCAGCAAACUGGGCAGCAACAGCUCGAUGCAGCGUUCCCGGCGCCACCCGACUACUACCAGCACUUCACCGACGCAAAUCUCGCCAACCCGUCCGACAACGCCUAUCUUGACCCGCCGCCGCCACUCACAAGCGGCGACUACUCGAUGUUUGGUCGCACAUAUAAAGUGCACGAGCAGCUGCCGACGCUCAGCGAGCAAUCAGCUACGCAGCUGUACCCGGAGGGCGCGAUUGACCGGGUGGUGGAGCUGCGCAAACUGAACCAUAGCGUGUUGUUUGAGUUCCUCGAAAUGGUCGAUAUUUUGAUCAAGGACCCGUCGCAGUUUGGCGAGCGGUCGGCUGGCGUGCACAACAUUUUCGUCAACAUGCACCAUCUGAUUAACGAGUACCGCGGGCACCAGGCAAUGGAGACACUGAAGGUCAUGGUGGCAGGGCAGAUUGAGAGGCGGCGGGAGGCGGCGGAGAGAGUCAGGGAGACGUGCGCCGAGUUGGAGGAGAAGAUCCGGGGGCUGAAGGAAGAGGCGAGGAAGAAGGGCGUGGAGCUGGCGGCUGCUGGGGUGGAGGCGGAAGUGGAUGGUGUGAAGGAGGAGCGGCCGGAGAGGGACGUGGAGAUGAGCGGGCUGCGGAAUCUGAUUGACGCCAUCAGCCAGAUCCAGUGAGAGCUUUUGGAAAUGUAGGCUUCAUUUAAACAAAAAAAAAAAAAACAAAAUACGAGAGCUAGCUUGUUAUAAGUUGCCGUUGGUCGCAGGCUCCUGCAGUGCAAUCUGGUUGAGGUGGUCGCAGACGCGCCAGAAGAACAGGCUGGCGGAGUCCUGGGAAAACGACAUGGUUUCGCGCAAAAAGUCUGGCAGCACGUCCAGCUCGGCGGUCUCUUCGUACGGCGUGUACUGGAAUUCGUCGGGCAGAUCGUCGAAAACCGUCAAUACGUAGCC